AUCGAUCGUUUGUUGUUUUUGAAUAUUAUGGCUGUAUUCGAAUGAGACACGGAUCUUUUCCUCUGCCCCGUUCCGUACCAGGUACAAGCUGGUGUCGACGCUCAAAAUUCUAGUGUACACAGCCAUUUGAAAUGACAGAACGGUUCCCCGACUCGGGUUCAUCGACGUGAUAAUCAGCGAGGCGUGCUCCGGCUCCUUGCGGAGCGUGAAGUGCUACAUCUCUGGCGACAAAAUUGAUUGAAUCACGUUCAAAGAAGAUACGGGUAGGCGCCCCGAAGGGGGAAGUUGGAGAAACUUGUCACGAUACAGAAUAAAAAGGAAGUAAGUUAUCUGUACGAAGAAACGAAAGGAGACGAGAGGUGUGUAACGAAGAAGAAGAACCAGUUAUCUGUUAUCAGGAUCCGAAGUCCAAUGAAGAUCCACUGGCAUGGCCACGCAACUCAGCCCCCGAAAUUCGGAGGUGAACGCUCUUGAGCAGCGGGGCUAUCUUAUUGGCAAAAAAAUCGGACAGGGCUCGUAUGCGACCGUACACCUGGCGGAAUAUGUGGACGGAACGAGCUCGAAGAAAUUGCGAUUAGCUUGUAAGAUAUUCGACAAAGAAAAAGCACCGCUCGAUUUCCUCAACAAGUUCUUUCCUCGUGAACUCGAAAUCCUUACAAAGAUUGAAAAUCCUCAUAUAAUUCAAGUGCAUAGUAUAUUGCAGCGUGGUCCAAGAGUGUUCAUAUUCAUGCGCUAUGCAGACAAUGGCGACCUCCUGGAUUUUGUAAAAAGAAAUGGUGUUGUACCGGAACAACAAUCGAAGCUUUGGUUCAGACAAAUGGCUUCCGGUCUGCACUACCUCCACGGGAAGAAUAUCGCCCACCGUGACCUUAAAUGUGAGAACAUUCUGUUAUCCAGGAAGUUCAAUGUCAAGCUUGCAGACUUUGGUUUUGCGAGAUUCUGCGUUGAUCACGAAGGUAGACGCGUUCUCAGCGAGACUUAUUGUGGCUCUGCGGCAUACGCUGCACCGGAAGUUGUUUCCGGUACCCCCUACAACCCAAAACUGGCCGACGUCUGGUCCCUUGGGAUAAUCCUAUUUAUCAUGCUAAACGCCUCCAUGCCCUUCGACGAUUCGAACCUAAAGAAACUAUUGAAGGAUCAGAUGUCGAGGAACUGGAUGUUUCGAUCCCGAGUACGGGAAACGGUAUCUGCACUGGCAAAGAGUAUCGUGAAACAUAUUCUGGAACCGGACAUUACUUUGAGGUUAACGCUAGAAAGAGUUCUAGGCCAUGAAUGGGUACGCACGAAGAAAGAGAAACCUGGAUCUCUUACUGGUCGAUUAGUACAUUCAGCACCGCCUAUUCACGCGCAGACUUGUGGAGGCGGAGGAAAUUUAGUUGGAGCAGGGGCUGCAGGGGGUUGCAACGUACCCGUAGUACUAAGAGGAUUACCGUCAUUCAAGAAUGCUGAGAAUCAAAAUCAUGGUACCAUCGUAAAGGCUACGGACAAUGCGGGAAAAGAUACACAGUUGUCUGCCAUUGAAUGAAGAAAUAUAGGACCGACAAGGAUGAACCAGCGUCGUUCGUGCGUCGAACGUCGACGAACACACGAAUGUUUAUAAUACAUUUUUUUUACAUUGCUGAUUAUUGUUGAUAUAUACAUGGUUUUUAAUAACGCAUACUUUUAAUAAAGAAUAUCACAGUUUUAAUAGUGCAUAAUAUCAUGAAUAACGAUCUAUAUAAAUCGGGAAUAAAUCUAAGAGGAUGAUAAUAAUUAAGUUUAUUGUACAACUAGCAUCUAUUAAUAUACAAAACUAUAAUUUUUGAUUACACGUUCGGUAACGUGACAUAAUAUAAGUAAGUAAUAAGUAACGGUACAAGUAAAUAUAUUUAAUAUAUAUAGUUUACACUAAAACAACAAAUAAUUUACACGAUUUAAUAUAUCCUCGCUUCUGUGUCAAUCUCGCCCGGCAUAGCACCCUCUCAUGUUAAAACUACACGUACACGUAUAUUUUGCCUGAGAGAGAUUGAUCUGGGCGAUCGAAAAAAUCAUAAAGGAUAUUAUCUAGUGAGGUUGAGUCUAGAGGGCAACUCAAAUAUAACAUGCUUAUCCUUGUAAAAAUAUUAAUCCGUUCGUGGCCUGGAUUAUCAGCA